GGUUUUGCACUGACUGCAAAAAUAAAGUACUUCGGGCGUACAAUAUUCUUACUGGGGAGCUAGACUGCAGCAAGGAGAAGGGCUACUGCGCUGCCCUUUACGAGGGCUUGCGUUGCUGUCCCCAGGAACGUCACAUACACGUAUGCUGUGAAACAGAUUUCAUCGCACACCUCUUGGGUCGGGCUGAACCGGAGUUUGCAGGAGGACGGAGAGAAAGGCAUGCUAAGACAAUAGACAUAGCCCAAGAAGAAGUUUUGACCUGCCUGGGUAUUCACCUUUAUGAAAGAUUACACAGAAUCUGGCAAAAGUUGCGGGCUGAGGAACAAACGUGGCAGAUGCUUUUUUACCUGGGCGUUGAUGCUUUACACAAAAGCUUUGAGAUGGCUGUGGAAAAAGUGCAGGGUAUUAGUCGAUUGGAACAGCUCUGUGAAGAGUUUUCACAAGAAGAAAGAGUGCGAGAGCUUAAACAAGAGAAGAAGCGCCAAAAACGGAAGAACAGACGGAAAAAUAAGUAUGCGUGUGAGAUCCCUACUCCCUUGCAGGCAACGGAAGAGAAGGAAAUGAAUCAAUCAAAGGAAAAUUCGAACUUCACAGAAGGUAGUUGCAAAGCCUGUAGUAGCACCAAAGAAGCUGACAGUUGUGUAGAAGUAAUUGUCACAAAUGAAAGCACUUCUUGCACUUGUCCAAGCAGUGGUACCCUAUUAGGUUCACCUAAAAUUAAGAAAGGUUUACUGCCGCACUGUAACGGCAGCGACUGGGGCUAUUCAUCCAGCAUGGAGGGCAGCGAGAUAGGAUCUCGAGAGGGAUCGGACGUGGCCUGCACUGAGGGCAUCUGCAACCACGAUGAAAACGACGAUUCGUGCGUCCAUUGCUGUGACGACAAAGAGGAGGAUGGAGAUAGCUGUUUGGAAUGUUGGGCUAAUUCUGAAGAGAAUAACACAAAAGGCAAAAACAAAAAGAAGAAAAAGAAAAGUAAAACUUUGAAGUGUGAGAAUGAACAUAUUCAGAGACUUGGAAGCUGUAUGGCAGACCCAGGUAACAGAGAGACCUCAGGAAAUAUCAUGCACACAGAGUUUCAUCACAGCAAGACCAAAGACACACAUGCUGAAAGCUGCUGUAGCUCAGAAAAAAGUGGGCAGCAGUUGCCUGCGUUUGAGGACAUGAAAAAUGUGUCACAGUUUGCAAAACGUACAGAAAUGUCACUUGUUCCCAGUACUGGAAAAGUUUACAAGAGCUUAGUGGAACUCCUUGAAGAGUCUGAAUGCACUUCUGAUGAGGAAAUCUUUAUCUCACAAGAUGAAAUAGAGUCCUUUAUGGCAAAACACAAGUCUUUUUACAGCAAUAGAGAAAAAUACCGACAGCAGCUGAAGGAGAACUUUAUUAAAUACUGCCGCUUACAUGAACAAGGGGCCCAUUUGUAGCGGUUGGUUGACAACGGCUGGAAUGAACUAAAUAAAAUAAAAUAGCUCUGUCUUUCACUGAAAUUCUCAAGAUGACUACUGCGCCUUCUCUUUCAAAAACUUAAUUUAGUGACUUUAUGGCAAAGUUUUAUCUUAAAUUAAUGUGAUUCUUUUCUUGGUUUUUUGGGGAGUCUGGUGGAGGUGACUUCAUUAAUUUUGUUCUUUCUUCAGGCUUGUAUCUUUAGUUGAGUAGCUGUGCAAGCCUCUCAUAAUUUAAGCCAUCUCUUUUCAUUAAAUGUUUCUCUUACUGUAAGACUUACAAAAAGCAAACUAGUGGCAAAGUAAUGUUGUACCUGUUAUUCUGUACAGAAUGACAAUGAGCUGAAUAUAAGAUUUUACAGAGUAGACAUCCAUUUGCAAAAUGUUUUGGAUGUAAUAUGUUAAAGCGCAAUGUGCAAAAUUUAAAUAAAGAAUAUUUAUUAAUAUGCA